AUGGUCAACUUCAAGAACUUCGCAGCCCUUGUCGCCGCUCUGGUCCCCUUCGGAGCGGCCGCUCCGACGCCCCAGACUGAGACCGCACCCAAUGUCGCUGGCAAAUUCAUCGUUACCCUGAAGACGGGCAUCUCGACCCGCGACAUCGACACUCACAUGAGCUGGGUUGAUGCCGUUCACAAGCGCAGCCUUUCCCGCCGCGACACCGCAGGUGUUGAGAACAAGUGGGACAUUGGCAAGUUCCACGGCUACUCUGGCCACUUCGAUGAUGCUACCAUCGAGGAGCUGAAGAACAACCCUGAUGUUGCCGACAUUGAGCCCGAACAAAUCUUCACUCUGGAGGCCGUCACCAGCCAGACCGGCGCCACCUGGGGUCUCGGUUCCAUUUCGAGCCGCACUUCUGGCUCAAGGACGUACCGCUAUGAUGACUCUGCCGGCGAGGGUACCUACGCAUACAUUGUCGACAGUGGUAUCAACGUCAACCACACCGAGUUCGAGGGCCGUGCCGAGCAAGGCUACAACGGUGCCGGUGGUGUCUUUGACGACACUUUCGGUCACGGCACCCACGUUGCUGGCACCAUUGGUGGCAAGACCUACGGUGUUGCCAAGAAGGCUACUUUGAUUGAUGUCAAGGUCUUCAUCGGCCGGGAAUCGACGACUUCCAUCAUCCUCCAGGGCUACCAGUGGGCUGUUCAGGAUAUCAUUGCCAAGGGCCGCGAGAGCCGCUCCGUCAUUAACAUGUCUUUGGGUGGUCCUUCUUCCGUAGCCUACAACAACGCCGUUAAAGCUGCCUUCGAGGCCGGCGUGCUCAGCGUUGUUGCAUCUGGUAACGAGAACCUUCCUGCCUCCACCCGCUCCCCUGCGUCCGCUCCCGAGGCUCUCACUGUCGGUGCCAUUAACUCCAACUGGAGAGAAGACACUUACUCCAACUACGGUGACGCCGUUGACAUUCUUGCUCCUGGAACUGGAGUGCUGUCGGCGUACAUUGGCUCCAACACUGCCACUGCUUCCAACACCGGUACUUCUAUGGCCACUCCCCACGUUGUUGGCCUUGCAUUGUACCUUGCCGUGGUUGAGAACAUUGGAACUCCCGCAGCUCUGAAGGCUCGCAUCCUGGAGCUUGCUACGGAGGGUGCCGCUACUGGACUGCGCAGUGGCUCUCCCAACUUGAUUGCUUUCAACGGCGUCGAGUAA